GCUUUCGCUAGCUAUCCAACCCCGCGUCCUCCUAUCCCCCCAUCCCACAUUACACCCCACAUUACACCCCACAUUGCUUCUCCUGCGCAGCCCCGCUCGCUUCAUGUCCGUUCUCUUUUCUCCACAGCCAAAGACGAACGGCCUGCGUGAAAAAUCAAGGUCGCCCAACGGCCUCCCCGUCUUUUCCUCCGCCGUCCAGGAAAAGAUGCAUCGGCACGCAAAGUCCUCUUCCUGGGUGGCCCCCAUGUCCCUCGACAUCCCCGGCGUCCGCAACAGGCGGUUGCGCAUCUGGGUCCUCAACCCCGCCCGCCUCCACCAGCUCAGCGUGUCCCGCUUCGGCCGCAAGCGCGGCCCCCUCAUCCUCGCCCUCGCCUGCGCCUCCUUCAUCUUCGCCAUGUUCGCGCUCGCGAAGCGCUUCGGCACAGAGGAGAAGCAAUGGCCCGCGCCUCUCUUCCGCGAGGACCCCUCGACCCUCGUCUUUGGCAGGGACGACCUCCAGAAGAUAUGGAAGUGGGAGGUCGAGAGCGGGCACUAUCCCAGCAGCCACGACAUUCCCAAGGCCGUCGGCCUCACCGUCCCGCCGCUGAACCCCGCCCUGCCCCCGAAAAAGGUCGCAAAAAUCCCCUCGCGGUUCAGACCGCCGACUGCGCAGGUCACGAACACGAUUGGCCACGGCCCCAAGCGCGUAUAUUUGGAUAUCCAGGCAAGACCCCCCAAUGUCGCGUAUCCCCCGAGGCCGGUUCCCGGGAGUGCAGCAGACUUGGACAUCGUGAUGGAGCACUGUGAUUUCUCUACAGGAAAGUAUGUUCGUGACUGUCUCGAGGUCCUCCGGUUGGGUGGGGGUCUCGAUAAUGAGAACAGGUUGAGGCGCGGAAAGUUUGACGAGUGGAAGUACAUUUAUCUAGAAGACGGUCCGGUCGACAAGUACAUCGAGCCAGUCGCGACCGUAAAGGCUGGCUUUGACGGGCUCAUCCAGCAGCCCUCCGCUGCGGUAGAUCCAAACGUGGGUCUGACGAAGAAGCCCAGAGUAGAAUGGGAUCCUCCCGUGCAGCUCCCCGCACCCCUGCAGCACCGUCCGUACUCUACGCUGCCCACGACCUGCGACCCGGAGAGCCCUCGUUUGUUCCACAUGUUCUGGACGGGGCCGUUCACCGACAAGCCAUAUAUCGCUUUGAUGUCGUUCCUGUUCACGCAGAACGUCCGGCUGCAUAUACACGAGGAAGACCCCGACGCCACGGUCUGUCGCCCGCAGUUCUGGCUGUGGAUUAACCCAGGCCCGGCUGCGUCGAUGCCCAACCCGAACGCACUCCACGACAUGUACGAGCAGCUCAAGACGAACCCGUGGGCGUCACCGUUCUUGCACCCGCGCUUCAAGGGCGUGAUCUCGUUCAAGCUCUGGAACACGACCGAGCAGCUCGACGGCAUCCCGGAAAUCAAGAAUGAAUGGCGCGUCUUCAAGGACACCUUGUUCAACUCUGGCGGCAACAUCAUCCCCGUGCCGCAGAAAGAGGGCGCGCAGCAGGAAGAGGCCGUCCUGGCGCCCGUCGACGAGGCCGCUCAGGCCGACGCCUCGCCGACGAAGGCGCCCCAGGCGAAGGGCGGCGAUGACGACGACAUGCUCAACCGCCUCGGGUCCAAGUCGGCGUCUUCGUACGAUCGGCUGUCCGUCAUCUUGUCGGAUAUGGCGCGAUUCGUGCUCUGUCACCGCUUCGGCGGCGUCUACCUCGACGCGGACACGAUCUUCCUGCGCGACUGGGAGGAACUCUGGGGAUGGAAGGGCGCGUUCGCGUACCGCUGGUCGCGUCUAGAGAAAUACAACACCGCGGUGCUCCGCCUCAACAAGGGCUCUGCGCUCGGCACGUUCUUGUUCCGCACGGCUCUCAAGAACGGGCUCGAUUUUCACCCCAUGACGGUCUCGCGAUACACGAAGGACGCGUAUCUCGAAGGCCUGCUCUUGCGUCUCCCGGAUGCUCUGUUUGAUUCGGCGUGGUUGAACACCGAGUACUACCAGCGGGAUCGUCCACCACAACCCUAUAUCACCGAAUUUGUGGAACUCUUCGAGACUCCGGCACAGACUAGCGCGGCACCACAAGCUCUUGGAUUCGAUGGCUUCUACCGGGGCGCGUACUCGUACCACUUCCACAAUUUCUGGUGGAAGCCGUUUGAUCCUGCGCGCAACUUCCCCGACUUGGGCCCACGCUUUAUCGAGGGUGAGCGCCUCGCGCGCACGGCGGAGAGCGCUGCGACGGCGUCCAACGCGACGGAGACGGCGAAGGAGGACCAGGUGGCAGACGACAAGCGCGACCUGGACUGGUCGACGGUGCUCAAGCGCACGUUCGAGGCGUACAUUCGUGGGGAGCGGCCGAACAUGUACGGCGAGUGGCUCGCGUGGUGAGCGCGCGGCGCU